AUGUCGCGUUUGCAAGUCAUAUCCGGCCCAUGUCCUAUCGGGCCUCCUCAAUGCCGUUUAGAAAGGUACACGGUUUUCAAAUACUACGUUUGUAAUCCUGUCACAAACCAAUGGUUUGCUCUUCCUGAACCAAGACAUGCUCCAUCCUCGGCGGGUUUGUCUUUUGAAGAAUGUAGCAGCAAAGAUGGUGAUGGUGUGGUGCAUUUCAAAGUAACUCUAGCUAUUAUGGAAGCGAUAGUGGGAGGCACGUAUGACAGAUUACAUAUAGAAACUUUCUCUUCUCGUACAGGCGAAUGGAGCGAAUCAUUUCUCACUUGUCCAUCUGAAUUUUCAUAUGAGGUGGAGGAGUCCUAUGUAUGCCAUUCAGUAGAUGGGAUGUUGUACUGGAAAGUUAGUGGUCAAUUGGCUGCUUAUGAUCCCAACAUGGGGGAAACUCGUAUCUGGCUGAUAGAGCUGCCUCCUCUCUGUUGCAAAGAGAGAAAAAGGGGAUUCUUUAUGGAUUAUAUCCUGGGACAUUCGUCGUCUUCCGAUGGUUGUCUUCUUCGGUUUGCAUUAAAUGAAAAAUUGAUGAUCAAAGUGUGGGAGCUCAAAAAGAAGCUUUCUAGUUAUAGUUUAUCUCGCAUCAUACCAAGCAGUGAAUGGCUGUUGAAGGAAGUUGUGAGUCACAAGAAUUUGGGCAUCGGUAAUUCUCUUCCUCACAUUCCUCCUCAAAUUCGUUUGAUAGCUUUUCAUCCUCGCAAUGCAAAGCUUCUGUAUCUUAGGCGGGGAAGCAUGGUGUUUUGCUAUGAUUUUAGGACUAGAAGAUUGGAACCAAUUCAGUAUCAUGGAAAUGGAACUGUCUCGGCAAAGGAUAGACUAGUUCCUUAUUUCCAACCACCUUGGCGCCCUUCUUUGCCUUCGUUUCCUUAGUUUAACUCGUCCAAGACUUUGACAUAAAACAUAUUAUUAUAUGUAAUGUAUUUCCUUCUUUUUGAAGUGCAUUGUUGUUGAUGGUAAAAUGUAUAGAGUUACUUCGGUUUUAUCUAGGAGUUACUCAUAUGAC